AUGGCUGCACGUCAAAGAUCGCCUUCUGCUCACGCCCGUCCCGGGGAGCGCUCUCGGGAGGAAGGCCGUGAGAUGAAGCUUUUGCACUUCAUUUAUGACCAGCCGAACAUAGAUGACAUCCGCGGACACCCCCAGAAGGUGCUUGAUCUGAUGGACCAGUUUGAGGAAGAAUACCAUAUGAUGACCGUCGGAGGACCAAAAGGAAAGAUUGUCAAGGAUUUGAUCGCUGAGUCUAAGCCGAAGACAAUGAUUGAACUUGGCUGCUACGUUGGAUAUUCCGCCAUCAUGUUCGGCGACGCCGUGCGCCAGAAUGGAGGCGAGCGCUAUCUGAGUCUUGAACUGAACCCCGAAUGGACUGCUAUUGCCAAUAUGCUCAUCGAGCUGGCUGGUCUCCGUGAUUUCGUGCGUGUCAUUGUUGGCCGCAGUGAUGUCUCGCUUGACAAAUUGUUCAAGAGUGGCCAAGUGAAGAAAAUUGAGCUAAUGUUCAUCGACCACUACAAGCCUGCGUACACCACAGACGUCAAGCUGUGUGAGUAUCACGGAAUGAUCCAGCCUGGCACGAUCCUGGCUGCUGACAAUGUCCUGUAUCCGGGCAACCCGCCCUACUUGGAAUACAUCCGAAGCACCGUCGAGCAGAAGCGGGAGGCGGCUAAGACUGGCCCUGUGAAGGAAUACAACACCGUGGGGAUGAGGGAGCGCACUAUUCAGUCCUUUAUGCCCGAGAAUGACGUGCCCGCCUUUGAAACAGUGGGCAACCCCAACCUCGUGUACAAGAGCGAGCUAUGCCAGCCCGAAGGCGAAAGAGAUGCCGUUGAAGUGUCACGAUGCGUUGAAAUCCAGGAAGCAUAG